AUGCAGGCAACAGCAGUCCGGUGUCGAGUCGAGCUCAUUGAUCGAUCGACCCGAUGGUCACAACUACACGCGCGUCGUGUCUGUAUCGGCCGCUCACGCGCGAACCGAACCGGAUGGCGCACACAGGCGCACGGGGUGGCUGUGUGCGCGCGUGCGUACACGAUACCGUCCCCCCGCCCGCCUCGCCCGCCCCGCGGACCUGUUGCGCCGCUACCGGAGUUACGCCGCAUAGUUACCAGCCGAUACGCCCCGCGCGCCGCAGCGCCCGCGCCUCCCCGGCCCGGCCCACGCACACAGACACGCCGGCCUCUAAUUGUCGCGGCGCACUCG